AUGGAAAAUUAUCUACAUUGUGAUCCACAAUUAAAUAUAAAAUUUUGUUCAAUGUUUCGUUUGAUGGAACAAUGUUCCAUAAAUCGUUUAACAUUGGAAACAUUUGCCCAACAACUAUCAAAUACAUUUCACUAUGUUCGUUCUGAUUAUUUUCGACGAUUAAUAAUACAAAAUGAUCGUGAAUAUUGUUGUUCGAUAAAAAAACAAAAACAAACUUGGAUAUUUUUUAGAUUUGUACGAAUUCCUUAUAUCGAUCAAGUGAAUCAAGAUCGACAUUUACUACCGUUGUUUAUGUUUAUUAGAAAAAAUUUCAAUCUAAUACGUUCAGCCACAUUAGAAGAUUGUAAUCAUGAAUUCAAUGUUAAUAUCGAUUUUUUUCAACAAUAUUGUCAACCAAUCAUAGAUUGUCUGGAUUUUCUUAAAAGAUUUUUCAUGAUGAUCAUCCACGAUGAUGUUCAUGAUUCGAAUCCAGAAAAUAGUAAAUGUUUUUUCAUAUUGAAAGAAAUGCGAAAACUUUUACUAUUUAUUGGUCGAUUAUCACAAUUUGAAACAAAAUUUCAAGAAUUUAGUUUUCAUCGUAAAUCCGACGCUGAUGGUUGUUUUUAUCAUCAUUUUCAUUUAACAUUACAAAUAUGGUUAACAUAUUUGGAAAUGUUGUACGCUUUAAAACGUCAAUCAAAUAAAUUUUAUCAUCGAAUCUUUUCCGAAUUUAAUCUAUUGCUGAACAAUGAUCAAGCUAAUGAUGAUUUAUUCAUACAAUGUUUACGAAUAAUUUUAUAUGAUAUUCUGUGUUUUAGUGUGGAAAGAUUUCAACAAAAUAUUCAAAAUGAUAAUGAUUAUUCUUGUUAUAUACAACCGGAUUCAACAUUUACUCCAUUUAUUUGUACAUGUUUUCAAGAAACGAUUUUAUUGUUAAAAUUCAUGUUAAAUAAUAAUAAUAACAAUAAAAUAAUUGUAACCGAUCAAUUUAAUCAAUAUAGUCUUUGGUUAUGGUCAAAUAUGGUACCAUUAUUAGCUAUCGAUUUGAAUCUCACUUAUAAAGAAAUUCGAUUCGAUUUACCGGCAAAUAUUCUGAAAAUUUAUCGAACAAUUUUACGUGAAAUCGAUUGUCAAUAUCCAUCGAUUAAAUCGACGAAUUUAUUGGAUAACGUUGUAAACAUUGAUAAUGAUCAUUUAUUAUCAUCAUCAUUUGAUAAUAUAAUUCAAUCGUUGAUCGAAUUAUUGAUUGAAAUGAUAAAAUUGGAAUUGAUUGCUAGCCAAAAUGAUGAUAAUGAAGAUGAACCGGAUGAAAUCGUUGCUUAUAUUACCUUGAAAAUUACAAUUAUAAACAUAAUAAUAAUGAAUAACAACAACAACAACAACAGACAACAUCAAAGUCUGAAUAUUAUUGAUUUAUUUCUAUCGUUUCAAGGUCAAGAUUCAUUGCAUCAUCAUCAUGGAAAAUGUUCCAACAGUAUCGAUUUAUUUCAUCUAAAUUAUCUUUAUCUUUUAUUCAAGGAUAAUUAUUUAAAGGAUAUUUUUGAAUCAAUCGAUAAUCAUGAUAAUUUAGUCAAAAAAUUUAUAUCAAUAUGGUCAAAACUUUUAAUCAUUAUCGAUGAUAAUGAUCAAAAUGAUUGUGAUACAGAUCAAAGAAAAUAUGAAAAAUUAUUAAUAAUUUCUCGUCGAAUUUAUCGUUGGUUUGAAUCCGAUUCUAUUGUCCUGUUGGAUAAUGGAAUAAUUUUCGAAAAAUUUCUAUCAAUUUUAUACGAUCGUUUUGGAUUGGUCACAUCAAAUUCCGAACGUAUUAAACAUAUGAAUAAUGUUGAUCAAUAUUUUCGUUCGAUGAUUAUAAAAUCACAACAAAUUUUAACAACUAUUAGUCGACGAUAUAGUGCUAUGACAAAAAAUAUUCAUUUCAUUAAUCUACCACCAAAAGAUGUACGAUUAUUAACACGAAUAUAUCGAUCGAUAGCCGAAUUAAUAUCACGAUUAUCACAACAAAUAUAUAUUGUUGGUAAAUCAGAUUGUCUUCUUGUUACCAUAUUGGAAAAUAUAAUCAUUCUACCAACAAAUUGUCAAUUUUUAUUACAAAUAAAAUCAUUAUGGCCUUCAUUAUUUCGUCAAUCAUUUCCAAUGAUUUUUGAAGGUCUUGUACAAUUAGAUCCAAAUGAUCCAUAUCUAAAUCGAAAAAUUCGUCAAUUAAUUUUAAUAUAUUUACCAAUGAUUAGCCAAUAUCUUAACUAUACAUCCAUAAAAACAUUGAUAUCUAAUCGUGGAUCAAAAGUGUACGAAAAUUGGCAUCUGCAAAUAAUUUUGAUUUUGAAAUCAACAUUUCUUCUGGUGCAACGUGAACAAACAAUUACAAAAGAUUUAUAUGAAUAUUUAAAUCAAUUUUGUCGUUUGGAUCAUAUAUCACAUAAAGAUCUAUUGCGGUUAUCAGAGCAAAUAUUUCGUACAAAUAUUACUGAAUUUAAAAUUGGUCAACAUCAACAGCAAACAGACUAUAGAAUGGCAUUGUUUCAAACAAUCAUAUCAUGUUUGAUAGAAAGUUUUAAAAAAUCAAGAUCCAAUAUCGGUGAUGAUGGUAAAGAAGAUCAAGAGGAAGUGAAAAUUUUCAUCGAACAAGUAAUCAGUCCAUUUAUAAAGGCAAAUGCACAAACACGUCCAGCAAAAUUAUUUGAAGUAAUUAAAUUUCUUUUACCAACAAAAGCAAACAGUCAAUGUCCGAUAUUAUUUCAUGAAUUUUGUUUAGAAAUUAAUCGUCAAAUGGAUUAUUUUGAAAGAAUAUCAUUGGGUGCUAAUCAAUUGAUUUUACGGUAA